CUCAUCUAGCUCAGCUUCUCCUCCUUUACUCUUGAGAUUGGAAGUAUUUAGGGGCUCCAAUGGAGGAAAUCUCCUUCCUUCCCCAAUUCCAAGGGACCUUUGCUGCUGUAACAGGCUCUACCUUCAUGGGUCUAUAAACCACCUAACGCCCAUUUCCCAUCCAUCUCCCAGCUACUUAGAGAAGUAGGCAGUGGGUCCUGGAGGCUAUUGGACAACAGAGACUCUUUGGUGAGGGAAGGACUGAUAUCCUUAGGGGCAGCCCUUGCUGGUUGCCCAGGAGCAGGGCAACUGGGGACCGAAGAGGGUGCUCUGUGGUCCCCCCACCAGGGCCAGUCUCCUUACCCUGCUCCUGAGCCAGCCCUUCCUGAUUAGCAUGAGUAAUCUGAUCCUUGCUGGUUAUCUAGGGUUUCCUCACACUCCCUGAAAAGUACCUUCUGAGAUGUUUUGGCUUCAUCCUCCCAAGGGCCAUAGAAGUUAAUAGAUUUUUCUUAGGUAUCUUGAACUCUAAAAACACUUGAGCCCCAAGGGAGCCAGGCAGAACCCACUUCCUAGGGAGGAAAGAGGUUGAUUUCUAUCCUAUGAUUAAAAUGAGGAACACAAGUGAAGAAAGGGAGGGACUUGCCUGAAGUCACAGGUGGUGGUUGGCACAGGCUGAAGUUCUGAUUCCCAGUCAAUUACCUCGAUGCCUGGAGUGAUGUGGGGAGGCUAGUGCCAGUGGCCCUGGACCCACUUCCUCUGGGCUGUGGAUUGAUGUUGCUGAGCCAGUGCCCUUUCUCCUCUAUGGUGGGAUAAGAGGCAACCCUCACAGUCACAAUGCUCCCGGGUCACAGAGGUGCUGGGCCCCAGGCCAGCCUCUGCCUAGGAAGUUCCGCCUGGGAACAUCUUCCGGUAGGCACUAAGGGCCUGAUUCGGAGCCCUAUGGCCUGUAGAACCUCACCACUGGCGGGGAAGGCUGGGCCAGACUGAGUCAUCACCUGUGGUGCCGGCCCCAUGGAUGAAGUGGAGUGGAUGCCAAGACAACCCAAGGCCAAGGACCUAAGGGUUGGGCUCAUCAGCUGGGCGGGAUCCUACCUCACUUUUGAGACAUAUAAGAAUACUGUCACUGCUACUGCAAAGGGUUUGGGCCGGAGACAGACCUGGGAGAUCCUGGUGAGCAGUAAGCAUGACACACAGGCUGUGGUACGACUAAGAAGCUUGCAGGGCUUCUACCUUCUGUGCGAGGCGGAUGGUUCUCUGUGCUAUGGCCGGCCAAGGACGAGCCAUCAUGGAUGCUUCCUAAUCCACUUCCACCGCAGUGGCAAAUGGACCCUCCAGUGCCUCAUCAGUGGUCGUUAUCUGGAGUCUGAUGGCGAGGAUGUUUUCUGCACCUCCCGGACCCUCUCAGCUUACCACAUGUGGACCCCCCGGCCAGCCCUGCAUGUCCACGUGAUCCUCUACAGCCCCCUCAACCACUGCUAUGCCCGGGCUGACCCCACCAUGGGCCGAGUCUGGGUGGACGCACCAGUUCCCUGCCUGAAGGAAUGUGGCUUCCUGUUGCAUUUCCAAGAUGGAUGCUACCACCUGGAGACCUCUGCACACACCUUCUUGUCCCACUUAGACGGUCUGGUCUCCCAACCCUCAACACAGACAGCUUUCCACAUGCAAGUGCGGCCUGGAGGGUUUGUGGCGCUGAGUGAUGGAGAAGGAGGCAUGUUGUAUCCACAGGGCACACGCCUGCUCCUGAGCCUGGGCUCUGAUCCCCAUGGGGGCGAGGAGUGGCUCAUCCUACAGCACUGCCCUACCUGGGUCAGCCUCAGGUCCACGACUCAGAAGUUUCUCACCGUUGUCUAUGACGUGGAUGUGUGUGCCGCCUCUGAGCAGGUAACCCCAAUGUCCUUGUUCCAGUUUGAAUGUGACAACAAGAGCCCUACCUUGCAGCUUCGUUCAGCCAAUGGCUGCUACCUAGCCCAGAGGCGCCAUAGGACAGUGAUGGCUGAUGGGCACCAGCUGGAGGCUGAAACCUUCUUUCGUAUGUACUGGCACCGUGGCAGGAUCAUCCUGCAGUCUCCCAGUGGAUGCUUCUUGGGCAUCGCAGCCAAUGGCCUGCUGGUGGCCAGUGCCACCAUUCCAGGCCCAAAUGAGGAAUUUGGGAUUCAAUUGGCCAACCGCCCCUUCCUCGCCUUGAGGGGACGGUAUGGGUAUGUGGGUACCUCGUCACGACACGACCUCCUGCAGUGCAAUAUGGAUCAGCCCGACUGCAUUUACCUGCUGCCCUGCCGCCAGGGCAUCUACCACUUCCAGGGUCGAUGGGAUGCCACCUACCAAAAUCCAAAUCCUCCAGGAGAAACUACUACACUAAACCGAACAGGAACCCCAGAGUCAAGAUCCAUGAGAAUAUCUGUUCCACAGCUUUUCCUACCCAGUUUAGCAAAACACCUGUUGCGAGUAACAAUACAUCACAAAAGUCCACCCCCAAGACCCUGGUGUGCCUCUGACUUGUGAGUAGGGGUGUGGAUGUGGGUGGCGACUGAGACCUCGGUCACUCCAAGUUCUAUCCAGAAGAGGGGAGACCAAAUGGUAACCUAUUCUUCUAUUGAUUCUCUGCAUCCCCUCCAGAACCACUAGACUUUUCCCAGUGAUCCCAUGAGGAUCCAGCCUUGCCCUGAAGGAUUCAGAAACCAGAUAUGACUAGAUGUUCUUUUGGCUUAGAACAAAGGAAGGAUUAUUAAUGGUCAUAACAGCUUAUGCCUCUAUAGCCCACCCUCCCUCCAAAGCUUACCAACCAUCCCACCUUACCAUUACCUUUGAUCCAAUCAGUUGGACACAACAGGUACUUUCCCCAUCACUGCCUACCUCACUGUUUACAGGGAGCUGAAGUGAUUUGCCCAUGACUGGGACCUCUGACACAAUUCUUCAAGUAGAGUAGACCCUAAUGUCUAUGGCUCUUUCCAUCAAAACAGUUUCCAAAAUGACUGUCAUUCUUGCACUGUCUUCAUAACUUUGGCUUUUAUUUACCUACCGUCUACCCUAUUAAUGUCUUUCUUGACAUACACUCUUUAGUACAUUUAUUUUAAAAGGGAUAUUUUGAUCACUAUCAUAAAAUGGAAGACCAGAAUCACUUGCCAUGAAUAGAAAGUGACCAUGAAAAGAAAUACAAUGAAAACAAAGUGAUGUUUCAAAUCUUAGUUAGAUUUCCCUUCCUUGACCAAGGCUCAGAGACUCCCUUUCCCUCUGUUAAAAAAGUAGAUUAGCAACUGUUACAGAGGGGCUAAAGCGUAGGACCAAAACGAAAAUUUUCUCUUUGACACAAUCAGAAUUGAAAGGGAGUGGAAAAGGGAAAAUUUUUCUCAUUGUUAACCCAAUAUUAUAUAAAGCAGCAUCCAGACAGUUCCUAAAAGUUUCUCAAAUACCAGUGAUGCCUGACCCCUAUUGCAUCAUCCCAUAAUCAGUCCCUGGUUUAUAAGUCCACUGAGUAGAGAACCUGAAACCGGAACAUGAGAGACAUUCUGUUUGGAUAGAGGAAAAUGAUGUCGAGUUUCUGGAAGUAUGUUUCUCCUCAAGAAUAUGAAAGAAUUUUGUAAACAUUUUAAUCCAAUUUAAAAAGGUUGCAAACUCUAGAGACCAGGGCAUCUCCUUUCCGGCAGAACAUUAAAAACAGGCCAAAGAUGUGGAGUGGAAUAUAGUCUUCAGAGAUAAGACGUUGGGGGUCAUUUAGUGGAGAACCCCUUCCUCAGUUUUCCAUAAAUACAUCUACACACUGAGAUGCACGGGCAUGCAUGUGCCCAGGAACACACACACACACACACACACACACACACACACACAGAGGUAUGCCCUGCUCCCCGAAAGUGGUCAUCCAUCCUCCACUUGAAUGGUGCUCAGCCAUGGAGCCUCGGAUGACAGCUGCUUCCAUUGCUGAGGUCAGUUUUGUUGCUGAAGUGAAGGGCAUAUUCUCAGCCGUACUGUGAAUGCUGUCACCCCACAAAACCUCGCCCAUUUCCUUGAGCAGUCUGUCCAGCAGGGUCCCCAGCUUGAAGGGAGAGAAGGCAGGGCGGGGCAGGCUGCACUGGAUUACCCUCGGAAUUUCAUUCUAGAGCUGUGCUGUCCCAUAGAACUUUCUGUGCUGAUGGAAAUGUUCUAUAAAAUUUACUGUCCAGUACAGUAACCUCGGGCACAUGUGACUGCUGGGCAUUUGACUUGGGGCUAGUGUGACUGAGGAGCUGAAUUAUUCAUUUUAUUUCAUUUUAAUUGCACUUUAAUAGCCAUAUGUGGUCGGUGGCUAUUUACUGAGCCCCACAGCUCUAGAGUAUUUGAUGAUAAAGAGACUUCCUGAAGGACAACUUCUGCACUUGUACCUGUCACAGAUGGGAGCAAACAAACAUGCCCCCAGUCCCCCCCCACCCUGCUUUGCACCAUCAUCAUUCCAUCCCCUGCUCUUCAAAAAGGAAAGAAUUUGGAGGGAUGAGCCCAUCCCCCAUUCCAAAUAUCUCCUCUGUCCCCCUUUCCCCCCAUAGCCCUCUUUUUCCCUACAUCCCAGGGCUUCCCAGGAGGAGCCGUGAUUUCUCUGCAGGGAGACAAAAUUGAGAUGAGUUGGAACUUACAGCCAAGAGGAAGCACGCAAACAUGCCCCAGGAGCACAUAUAAAGGGCUGAGCAGAAUUUAAAAAGGGUCAUUUCCACUCUGUGUGCUGUUGUGCAAAAAUAUAUAUAUACAUAUGCAA